CCAAAUUCAAACACCUUUCUUAAGCAUGGAGUUUGGAGUCGUCGUCUUCGUUCUAACCCUACCAUUUGUUGCUGAAUCCAUCCAUUUCGAGGUCGAAUCUGGUCACAUCAAAUGCAUGGGCGAAGAUAUCAAAAUCGAUUCUAUGACAGUCGGUCAUUACUCCAUUGUUAAUCCCAAUCAAGGACAUCCGUUGCCUCCACAUCACAAAAUCAAUGUCUCGGUGUACACGCCAAAAGGAGAUCGGCUUCAUUACGCGGAAGUUGUAGAAUCAGGACAAUUUGCGUUUGGAGCUGAGGAAGAUGGGAAUCAUUUGGCUUGCAUUUCAGCUAUCGACCACCAACCUGAGGACAAGAUCUUCGUUGAGUUCGAUUGGAGGUCCGGUGUGGCUACAAAACAAUGGUCUAACGUCGCCAAGAAAGGUUCAGUAGACGCGAUGGAAUUAGAGUUGAAGAAACUGGCGGACACGAUUGCUUCUAUUCAGGAGGAGAUGUUUGCGCUUCGACUCAGGAAUUUAGAGAUGAUGAUGAUAAACAGGAAUACGAACUCCAGAAUGGGUUACUUGAGUUUGGUUUCCCUCUUCCUUUGCUUAUCUGUGGCAGCCUUGCAGCUAUGGCACCUUAAGUCCUUUUUCCAAAAGAAGAAGAUCAUUUGAGAUGAUGUUCAGAUAUUGUAUUCUCAAACUUCAUAUUAUUUUAGUAAUUCACUUCUAAGGACUAGUCAUUUUAGAGGUCUGUGUUUGGUAGGCUGGAUAGAUACAUGGGCUAAAGACAAGAUUGCUAAAUUUCUAAACUACCCGAUCAAAUCCCUAAAACCUUGCACAAUUCUUUCAUUCGUCUACCUCACUCUCGGCAUCUAGUUUUGUCCUGUUCAAUCAUACCAAACAUACCCUGUGU